UCCUGGACGGGUUCCAGGUGCCAGCGAGUCCUGCAAGGUUCGCGUGGAAACUGGGGUCAUGGCGGCGCCCGGCCCAGCGCUGUGCCUCUUCGACGUGGACGGGACCCUGACGGCCCCGCGGCAGAAAAUUACCAAAGACAUGGAUUGCUUUCUACAAAAACUGAGGCAGAAGAUCAAAGUUGGAGUCGUAGGCGGGUCGGACUUUGAGAAAGUACAGGAGCAACUGGGAAACGAUGGUAAACUCCGCAUUGCUGGCUACAUUUUGGUAAAAGUGGUUGAAAAAUAUGAUUAUGUGUUUCCAGAAAAUGGCUUGGUAGCAUACAAAGAUGGGAAACUCUUGUGCAAACAGAAUAUUCAAGGUCACCUGGGUGAGGCCCUAAUCCAGGAUUUAAUCAACUACUGUCUGAGCUACAUCUCGAAAAUUAAACUCCCGAAGAAGAGGGGUACUUUCAUCGAAUUCCGAAAUGGGAUGUUGAAUGUGUGCCCUGUCGGAAGAAGCUGCAGCCAAGAAGAACGCAUUGAGUUCUACGAACUGGAUCAAAAAGAAAAUAUAAGACAGAAAUUCGUGGAGGAUCUGCGGAAAGAGUUUGCAGGGAAAGGCCUCACAUUUUCCAUAGGCGGCCAGAUCAGCUUUGAUGUCUUCCCUGACGGAUGGGACAAGAGGUUUUGCCUGGGACAUGUGGAAAAGGACGGCUAUAAGACCAUUUAUUUCUUUGGUGACAAAACCAUGCCAGGCGGGAACGACCACGAGAUCUUCGCAGACCCGAGGACGGUGGGCUACACCGUGACGGCGCCCGAGGACACACGCAGGAUCUGUGAGGAGCUCUUCUGCUGACCAUCCCUCUCCCCGUGAGAGGGGGGUCCCGCCACGCCCACCCCCAGCCCACUGUACAGUUGUCACCCGGGUCCUCACUCAGCAGGGAAAUGGCCCUCCGCCUCCAGUGCUAGAAGCAGCCAGAAGGGAGAAGAAACGGCUUGUCGAGAAUGGUUCAAAGGACUGCCUCCAGCAGAGGGUUUCAUCCCCACCCCGAGUCUCAGGACCCCCAGCCCUGCCCUGAUACGUGCAAUCACAGUACACCUGGGGUUUUUUUGUUUUUAAACUUCCCCAUCAUUCUAGAAUGAUACAGGAAGAUCGAAUGUGCCUGGACCCUCCCUCUUUCCUCAUGGGUCUCGUGAAAAAUGUAACAGAUAUUCACGUUGGGACCCUCUGCAUCAGUACCAGGAGGGGGGCUUUGGUGAUGAGAAAGAAAGGACAGGACGUUUACAAUGAUCUGACCCUGGGACAGAUGGUUAAAAACACUUCCAGAAAUGAAGCUCCCCCGUGAGAGCGCUGGCCGAGUGACCACGGACCCCAGGGACUUUGCACCUCGCUGGCCCAGGAAGCAGGGGUAGCUCUGUAUCCACUACACUUUGAAGAGCCCGCUGGUUUCCUAGCCAUUGGGACAGAGGCAGUGGAACCAACAACCCCGCCGAGAACUGGCACUCGGCCCUCCCGGGACGCAGCUCUGAGCCCAGGCCUAGAGACUAACUGGGGCGGUCCUCCUGCUGUCCCCAGGGCCUGUUUGCCCUAGUUCCUUAGGGAUCAGGGGAGAGCCUGAACUAACAGAUCAGGAGCUGCACUGUUUCUCUGCCGAUCUUUGAAUAAUAAGCCCAUCCACCCAGGCCCUCGGAGCUGCUGUGGUCAGGCCUGCAACCCUCACUCCUCCCUCCUGCCGUCUGCAAGCUCCUUGUAUAACUGGAAGGCAGCUCGGAGCCUCGUCCACAACACAGAACACGGAAGAGAGCUUUCCAAGAAAACGGUUGCUGUGUCGCUUUCGAGCGUCUCCCUCCACAGACCAGUGCCGGGGCCGGCGUCAGUCCAGGCAUGGCCUCUGCGGGGGGCUUGCAGGCCUGAAUCUGAAGUGGGGAUUGCAGAGGUGCUCUGAGCAGCCCACCUUUCGGCCCCCACCAGGUGCCUCCAUCACAGAGGAACCUGGUUCCCCCCAGCCCUCCCCCAGCCCGGCUUGUCUCAGCUCAGGAUCAGCGCCAGGCUGCGAGGUCGGCCCCCUCACCUGCCCAGGGCCACACACUGGGGUGACGGUUCUCAUUGGUUCCCAGGACUCUGCCGUCCUGUGGCAUCCUUCCUGGCUGAAUUUUACACAUGAUACUGUAAUGAUCUUUCAAAAUGAAGAGUAGCAAAUUAAAGUGAUUUUAUUGUUUCCUA